UUAUGUUUCACCAGGAAGAAAGCCGCACAGGAAGGAUAACCAUGCACUCACAGGAAUACAAGCCACUCGGCCACGGAUUGAAGUUAUGACUUUAAUAUGGCGGAUACAGGUCCUUUUUUAACUUCAUGUAUUAUUUUCUACCUAUCGAUCGGUGCUGCAAUAUUCCAAAUUUUCGAAGAGCCAAACUGGAGAUCAGCCAGAGACGAAUACAUCCUAGAGAAGGAAAACAUUCUGAAGAAACACGCCUGCUUAACAGAGGAAGAUCUAGGGGAGAUUUUGGAGACAGUGUCAAAGGCUGCUGGCCGAGGUGUGACCAUCACUGGAGACAAGCACCUUAACUCGUGGGACUGGGGCAACUCGGUCAUCUUUGCUGCCACCAUUGUCACCACCAUAGGUUAUGGUAAUGUUGCUCCCAAGACAGAAGGUGGCCGUGUGUUCUGCAUCCUGUACGGUCUCUUUGGGAUCCCCCUGUGUCUGGUGUGGAUAAGCAAGCUGGGCUCAUUCUUUGGUGACCGGGCCAAACGUCUGUCCCAGGUUCUGAUCCGUAAAGGCGUUUCAGUGAAAAAGGUCCAGUUAACCUGUACAGCCUUGUUCCUGUUAUGGGGGCUGUUGUUGCACCUGGUGAUCCCUCCAUUUGUUUUCAUGUCUAUAGAAGGGUGGAGCUACCUGGAGGGCCUUUACUUCUCCUUUAUCACACUCACAACAGUUGGUUUUGGAGAUUAUGUGGCAGGUGUAAAUCCAAACAUGGAGUACCCCACACUCUACAGGGUGUUUGCAGAGUUGUGGAUCUACAUGGGCCUGGCCUGGCUGUCUCUGUUCUUCAGCUGGAAUGUCCACAUGGUUGUGGAAGCUCACAAGGUGCUAAAGAAAAGAAUACACAGGCACAAACUCGACGAGGAAUCUCAGUCUGUAGAAGAGAAGCACAGUUCACAAGGAAGGCCGUCCGUUAUCGACAUCUUCAACUUCCUAUCACAGAAGGAUGAAGACUACAGCACUGUCAUCAAGGAGAUCGGAGCCCACACAAGAACGCCUGCUGCCAACAUAAACCGCUCGAAGAGCUGCAGUGACAUCCUGACCACCAACAUCCAGACCCUGAAUCACUCGCCUCGGCACAGACGCAUGAUGAGCAUCAGUGAAGUGUUUGUAAAUGCAGAGCCUGUCGUGGACAAAGGCGUGUUGCGUCCUGUAAAACAAGAAAGCAACGAAGACCCUGCAUUUGCGAGGACGGAUGAUGAGGAGAACGGGGACAGUUGUCCACUUGAAUCAGAAACUCAUGGUAUUGUUUUCACUGUAUCUAAAAAAGAUGCCACGGAGGAGGAAAGCAUCCAGCAUCCUGGUGGUGGAGCCUCUCGCUUUACGAUAGCCAAGGUAGGAGAGACCACUUUGUCCAUGGAUAAAGAUGAAAAAGGAUAAAAGAUUUUAUAAAUACUGUUACGCAAUCUAGAAAACAAACAUUUUUGUAGAAAUGAUACUAAAUAAAUGUUAGACGGUU